GGGCCGGGGCCGCCCCAGGGGGCUGCCAGGUGCAGCUGGCGCUGCCUAGGAGCUCCACUGACAGGCUGAAUGGGGGGUGCCAAAUCUGUGCCCCACUGGCCAUCCUUGGGGCUAGUACCAGCCGCCUCGGGGCACCCUGCAGCAGCAGCCGUGUUGGCAGGUGCCUGGCACCGCGCCACGGCUGGGCAGGCUGCGAUUGCCGAUCUCAGAGGUUGUCUGACCCCAGACAGGCCCCUCCGUGCCCGUCCUGCCCUUGGCAUCCCAGCCCUUCGCCCACUACCAGGAGGAAAGCCAUGAACACAAAAAAGACCCUGCAACACGUGGCUGCGUUUUGUGGGCGCAUGCAGGCACCCUCUGCUGGAUGAAAUCCAAACUGGCGCUGUGUGGCCUACGCCCUGUACUGCUCAGGGGUACUGAGGAUUCCCCUUUAGCUGAAAGGAUGUGACCCUGUGGUUUCAGAACAGCAGAGUCCACCUUCUCUCCUUGCAGUCACCCCUGGAUUUGCCCCACUGGGGUGACAGGCGCUGGGCUGGGGGCAAUUCCCUAGUGAUCAGAGAAACAAUCUGAUCUUUUUUUUUCUUCUGUACCUAGAGAGAUUUAAAUAACAUUUCCCUGCUUCUCCCCACCCACAAAUCAAGCGAUUUCUGAUUUCUCCUUCCCCCUGCCCUUGGAUUUUCGGCACCGGGUCUCCUCGAUGGCCUUUGGCUGCAAUCGUUCCAGAAACACUCCAGUUAUUAAACUCCAAUCUGCCAUGAAAGGGCGAGCGGCCAGGGAGGGGCAGCUCCCCUCUCUGUGUGCAGCGGGGAGGGGGCUGCCUGUGGCAACUCCCCCCCUGCCCCGAUCACUCUAGUGGGAGGUGCCAGGCUGGCAGACCCACCCCCUGGAAUAUUAAGGCGUCCCCUGGGCAGAGUGCCCCACACAGCCAGCGAGGACAGAGGGUAGCAUGAGACACGCUCCUGAGUCUCCAGCGUGACCGGCGGCAGCGUGUAAGUGUGGGGCAGAUGCAUGGACCCGUCCCAAGGGUGUCUAUGGCCAUCUCUCCCCAGGGCUGGACGUCUCGGGUGGGACGCCGGCAUGGUCCAUUCCAGGCAGGUUUGUGUGGAUGGAGAGGUUGGAAGCGUCUGUCUGUCUGUCUGUCGUGGCACCAGAGAGCCUAGUGAAGCUGGGAGGGGAAGCCUAUCCGGAGCGACCAGCCCCUCCCCCCGGGAGCAGGAUGGGGCCCUGCAGCCGUCACUCUCAGAGUUUGGCCCAGCCCCAGUUAAAGGUCCUAGCCCGUUGACUCCCAACCUUCACCAAACCAGCACCCCACACGCCCACACCUGUCCAGGCAGAAAGACUAGGGUGGACAUGGCCCCUGGACCUGGGCACGGCCCCUGGACCUGGACAAAGCCCUGUGAAUGCUGGGCAUGACCCCCUGGCCCUGGGCACUGCCCCCUGGACCUGGACACAGGCCUGUGAAUGCCGGGUAUGACCCCCUGGACCUGGGCAUGGCCCCUGGCCCCGGGCACUGCCCCCUGGACCUGGACACAAGCCUGUGAAUGCCGGGUAUGACCCUCUGGACCUAGGCAUGGCUCCUGGACCCGGGCACAGCCCCGUGGAUGCCGGGCAUGAUCCCCUGGACCCAGGCACAGCCCAAGGGAGUCUAGGAGACGGUCCCACUGGCUGUGUGGAGAGUCCAGAGCUCGGCGUCUGCCUCCAGCAGCCCCCCCCAUCUUGCUGUUGCUCUGAGUCACACCUGGGAGUGUCCGUGUGUCCGUCUCUGGGCUGGGGGCGUGUGUGGAAAGAGCAGGCAGGGCAGUGCUCACAUGCCCCCCGUGGCUGGGUGGGGAAGGGCGGUGGGCUGGAGGCCUCCUUCUCCAUGCCCAGGGCAGAGGCUUCUCCAUGGGGGCACCUGAGCAGCCUCGGCCCUGGGCUGCUCCCAGCUCGGCUCGGCCCAGCAAACGCCACUUGUGGAAUGGCCAUUCCCAGCCGCCCAGAGACCCCCCGCGAGCCAGGAGUGACUUCAAUCCCCUCCUUCUGCUGGCUCCUGGGGGCCGGAUCCUGCCUCACCCAGCACCGUGCACCGACGUUUAUGCCUAGGGAAAGGGCCGGCACUGUGAGGAUGAGGAUGAAAGCUGGAGGGGCCAUGAUCCCUGGGGCGAUGAGCAACAUGCUGCAGCGGUGCCCCCCUUUGGGCUCCCCUCACCCCCCCGAGGGGCAGGGCCAGGGAGCCCCAGACUCCCCCGCUGACCCAGAGGGCGCAGGCUGGCAGGACUUGGCCAAUGCCCGGGCGGGCUCGCUGCUGUCCCUGCUCUACCUCGUGCUGCUGACCUUCCUGGGCAGCGCCGUCCUGCUGGCCGAGAUUCACCAGCGCAGCCCCCAGAGCCUCAAUGUCCACGGCUUUCUGGCCACGCUCAUGCUCACGUCCUGCGCGUGGAUGCUGUGGUUCGGCUGGCACUCCUCCCAGAACAAGCACCGGAAGCUGCACCAGGACCACCAUGCCGGGGCCAGCUGGCUGAAAGGCGGGCUCUCGCUCUUUGCCCUGGCCACGCUGGUGCUGGACUGCCUGUCCUUGGGGUAUUACUACGAGCUGCAGCACUGCACCUCCGUCCUCAUCACCGCCUUCCCUGUCGUGCAAGCCGUGUUCACCAUCAUCCAGGUGUCCCUGCUGUCCUUCCACGCCAAGGUCUGCAUCCAGGAGCAGCAGCAUCUCAACAGGUUUGGCCUGAUGCACACGCUGGCCACCAAUGUGCUCAUGUGGAUGAGCGUGGUGCUGGACGAGUCCAUGAAGCAGCUUCAGGAGAUCUACGACGCCCACGAGACGGAGAGCCCCUGGCCCGGGCAUGGGAAUUCGCCCACCAACAGCUGCUCGUGUGCCACCAGCCUGUGCCACAUCUUUUCUGAGGGCGCCGCCUACCUGCACCCCUUCAACAUCGAGUUCAGCCUCUUCUCUUCCACCAUGCUCUACGUGGUGUGGAAGAACACGGGGCAGGCGGCCUGUCGCCGGCAGCCCCACCCAUGCCCCCGGGGCCGCUUCCACCUCAGCGGGGCCUUCGUGGGGCUGGUGCUGGGGGCGCUGGCCAUCUCGGCCACCUUCGGGGUGAUGAUCUCCUUCGGAGUGCUGGCCAAGGCCCCUGAAACGGUCCCUGAGGCCCUGCGGACCUACUACAUCUUCAACUCAGUGCUGCUCUCUGCCAUGUUCCUGGCCUCACUGGUCGGCAUCGCUGCCUACCGGCUCCAGAGAGACCCGGCCUCCACCGACUGCUCCAAGAGCGUGGUGCGGAGCCUGGAUGUCACCCUCUUGCUGGGCAGCUCCUGCGGGCCCCUGAUGGUUUCCGUCUUCUCCCUGGUGGCCAUCUUCUUCCUGCACAUCAACGGGAGCCUCCACUUCCUAGACCUCUGCUUCUCCCUCUGCAAGACCAUCCAAGUGCUGGGCCAGAACCUCUUCAUCACCGAAGCCCUUUACUCCAGGCCCACCCACCGGCCUGAUGCCCCCGACAGCCUCCCAGGCAACGAAUGGGUCUUCUCCAUCUCCGGAGGCCACGCCGAAGAGCCGGUCCAGCAGGACGUGGCUGCCCGCCAUGAGAGUAACUGCGCCAUCUGCCCGGCCAGCCGCCACACACCAGCCAGGAUGGUGGCCCAGCUGGAGGAGCAGGUGCCGGGGUGCUGGCUGGCCUGCAGCAGCAGUAAUGACUCCCUUGCCAAAAUCCCCUCCGGGGGCCAGCAGUCUUGGCCCAGAGGGGAGCCGGAACGCGUCAGCAUCCGGAGGAAGAUCCUGCAGAACAUUUCCAUCCUCCUCAUCUUCUACAACAUCUCGGUGUGGAUCCUCUAUGCCUACGGGACGCGGCCGCACCUGGUGAGCCAGAUCGAGCAGGCCUUCUAUGGCUUCACCCUCUGGGUCAUCAUCGUCAAGAUCUCCCUGCCACUGGGCAUCUUCUACCGCAUGCAUUCGGUGGCCAGCCUCUUCGAGGUGUACUGCAAAACCUGCUGACCACCGCUGGGGGCGGACCCCGCUCUGUUGGGCAGAGGCUGCCCGGGGCAGGCGGCGGGGAGAGGGACAGGCAGGGAUGACUGCUGCACAGAGAGUUGGUGUGGCAACUACACACACACACACACACACACACAUACACACACAGACACCCUCUGCUUCACACACAACACACCCCCUCUGACUCGUCCACACAAACACACCGUCUGAUACGUGCGCCCGUACUCUGACCCGCCUGCAUAGUCCUGCGUGUGCACCGAUCACACUCCCAGGUACACACACCCCAGACGCUCUCCCAUAUACACACUGUAGUGUGCACCAAUCCCUCCCACACACUCGCUUCACAAUAUCAACAGUGAUUUAUUACACUGCUCAUCUAGAGAACUUUCCACCUGCAGAUUUCAACACACCCUAAAAUCUGCCAGGAAUUUAGCCUCACACCUCUCGUGCAGGGUGGCCUUACAUUAUCACCCUCCUUAAACAGACAGGGAAACCGAGUCACAUCAUGUGACUUGUGGCGGAGAGGGGAGUAGCAUCAGCCUCAAUAAAUCACCCCUUUAUAUUGACUGCAGCUAAGACUCAGCUCUUCGAUGGCAUGAGAGACCCCGGUGCUAGGCUGUGUUUGUACCCUGGUUCCACACAAUCUUUUGGAUUCUUUUAAGGGGUGCAGAAUAGCAACUUUAUGUCUCUCCAGCUCUUUUCAUCCUGCACGUUAGGAGUUGCACUAGACGGAAACCUGAAGGAGCUGGCCUGAUUAAUCUCACAGGGGAAAUGCAGCUGCCUCUGGGGUGGAACACAGCAGCCACUUCUCUACUGGUAGCUCCAAGCAACAGGCUUUAGGAGAUGAAGAGCAGGCCAGAUUAAUCCCUGAUCUAACUCCCCAGAGGUUAAUGAUUUAGACUGGUGCCCCUACUUCCUUUUUAAUCAAUAUUUGUAGUGAGCAUCAUUCAGAGGAAAAUACAGAAAAGUAUCCCCUGGGAGGGGUCUUAAGGGAAAUGUUAUGAUUUUAUUUGAAUGACUUUGUUACAGUGCAACUAUUAGACCAAGGCACCAGAGCCCUGGGGGGAAAUCUGUCUUUUCUUAAUAGCAAACUCCACUGACUAUGAUAUUAAAGUCUAUUUUAAAAGAA